UCCGACACCGACACAACGAGAGGACGGACGCCGAGGGAGGUCUCCGCAGCCGCGGGGAUGUAAAUGAGACGGACUCGGGCUUCAGCGGGACGGAGGACAGCUCGUCAGAAAAUGCCCCACCACCGCACCGUCUGCGUCAGCUCGUCCACCGUGAGCGCUCAGAUUUAUAUCACCCAGCACUGAGUCGUGAUUGUUAUCUAUAUUUAUUUAUUUUUAUUUUGAAGAGGAUCGGUCUUCGUUAAAACGUCCUACAGCCAGCAUGCCCCCUCCUCAGAGCCUCCAGUCCAGCGGGCUGACCCUCUCAGAAACGAGCAUGGGAUCCUUUAAGAGGAGAAAGAGGAAAUCCAUAAUUGUGACGGUGAUGCUACUCAUUGUCUCUGUGCUCAUCCUCAUCAUCGGCCUUGCAGCGACUACCAGGACACAGAACAUCACAGUGGGUGGCUACUACUCAGGAGUCAUCCUGGGCUUUGGCUCUUUUCUGGGAAUUAUUGGUGCUCAUUUGAUAGAGAACAAGAGGCAGAUGUUAGUGGCAUCCAUUGUGUUCAUCAGCUUUGGAGUGGUGGCUGCUUUCUGCUGUGCUAUUGUCGAUGGAGUAUUUGCAGCGAGGCACAUUGACCUCAGGCCUCUGUACGCUGGCCGCUGUGCUUAUCACGCCAGUGAGACGGCAUCUAAUGUCCCAUGUCUGACAGCAGCGCGCAUCUCCUGUAACCUGCGUGUGAAGAGCAACACUUGCUACUGCUGUGAACUCUACAACUGCGGGAAAGAACAUCCUCUUAUGGGACAUCAGAAUAAAGAUGUUUUGAAAAAGUUUAAGAAAUCAUCCAUGAUUUGGAACCGUGUCGAGUUGAUUGGAGGCUACCAUGAAUACACGGAUGUGAAAAGCUGCCAGGACGUUGUGCACCUCUACCACCUGUUGUGGUCUGCUACCAUCCUCAACAUUGUGGCCCUCUUCCUGGGCAUCAUUACUGCUGCGGUGCUGGGAGGCUUCAAAGACAUGACACCUGCUCCUGCCUCAGAGAGCACAUCUGAACCAGAGGCCAUCACAGCUCCAGUCCCCUCAGAGACUCCUCCACCCACCACUUCUCUCAACCCAUAUUACAACACUGCCCCCUGCCUGCCGCCUUACUCGGCCUACGACCUGCAGGGCUCCUACGUAUUCCCUGACUCCUCGGGCCUGUCAGACGAUUCCCAGUCUGGAGCCAGCCACCUUUGGCCCACAAUGAUCCCUCCACGCUAUUCCCCUCCUCACAACCUUCCCGACGAGAAGCCCCCACCAUACAGUCCAUAAGAUGGCUGCGAAAGAAUCCACCUGAAACAUUAUUGGGUGUUUGCACAGUUCCUCUGGGCCUUUUCUUCAUAAACCUUCAGAAAGGAAGCGAGGAAGAGGUGAACAGCCACAGAGCACGCUAACUUUGAGUUCAGCCUAAUACGAGGGACGAAGCGUUUGUCUCCCCGGGCACCACUUGCACUCUGGCUUGCACUGUGUGUGUUUGUGCACAAGCACAUCGUGAGAGACAACCUGCGCAAAGCCAGGACUGUUUACACAUCUAUCUGCCUUAUGCAAAGCAAACUGACUUCCAGUAUUGGAUUUAUUCUGUAAAAACAAACAAAAAAACCUCUCAUCCAGCUCAUGCUUUAUGUUCACCUCUCUUUAGCCGAAACUGUAAAUGCUUCCUUCCUCAAGAAGAAGAUCCAGUCCUCUCUGAGAGGAUCUGGGCUGAGUAUAGCUCCAUGUGUAAGGUUGAUGUUGAGCUAGGUGAAAGCUUUGGCAUAUUUCUUGAAGCUGAAUCAGCUAGAAAAUUCCAAACAUAAAACUUAUAGGCCCAGGCAUUCGUUUCCGUAGCAGUUAAUAGUGUCACCGUGCAUUAUUACAGGCAGAGUUAGCAGUAUUGGUGGUAUUACAUGCUCAUAAUGUAUGUACAACAGUAUGAUACGCAGUUAGGCCUAACAUAUACAAACAGAUCAAGAUUCCUAUUUAUCAGAUCUUCACAUUAUGUUUAAGAAUAUCCUGAUCAGUGUGUGGUGAACUUUGCAGAGCCGUGUUAAUGAAGAAAUAAGCUAUUGUACCUACAGUAGUUGUUGAGGAUAUCCAGUUAACAGUUACACUCCAAACCUUAUUUAUUUAUGCACAUUUAUACACUAAAAGCUGCAAAGCAGGUAAGCAUCAUGUAUGUCUCUCUCUUUUUCAAGUAGCAGUAGUAGCACAUUUGUGUCAGAAGGGUUAUUCCAUAUAAAAUCAGUCAAAGGUGAGCCGCUGUAUCUGCUGAGGGUUUGUUGAACAAAAAGAAAAAGGGUAACGAAGCUCAAUCUCAGACAUUAAAUUGGUGCAGUUUCACCAACUACAGUUUACUGAUGGGGUAUAUUGAUUAUAGAAAAAUAGUUCUGAACAAAAAUUUUAUUUUGACAUUAGAUCGUGUUUGUCAGCCCUGAACUUUCAUAAGGUUAGCUCUGGUACUUUUAAGUACCAGAGCUUUCCACUUUAAAAAAGUGGAAAUAAUAAUCCCACCUAAGAAUACAAAUGUGGAUGUGACCAUUAUUAAACCACCACCCUGACCCAGCCUCUGGUGGAUGACAAUCACUGCUUCACAAGCACCACUAAAAGCGCACAAGUCUCUUUCAUCCUUACACAGAGAUUAAACAAGUGCGUGCAUCAAAAACAACUCUACUUAAAUACAUUUGCACAAAACCAAACACUGAACAGUAAAUGGAUAUGGGUGGAUAAGUAUGAAAUACAGUAAUCAGUUAGUAUACACAUUAAAAUUGAGGUAUUCUCAUCUCUCUCAUUAGUCUUCCACACAUAACAGAAUCCCUAGUAAGGACACUAAAUGUGUGCUGAUGUUCUCAUUAAUAUUUUUUGAAGUUUUUAGUGGCUCAGCACCCAAUAAUCUGAUUUUUCAUUCACUUUAAAAAAAACAAAAACAAAAAAAACACCAAUUUUCAACCUGCCUUCAUGCACUUCCAGGGUCUGUGAACCGGAAAAAAUUUACAUUAUGAAGGAAAUGACGUUAUUGUACAAAUAAAACUACCUGUUUCUGAGGGGUUCCCUUUGUAGCCCCUCACUGAUUUUUCCAUGGAAUGACCCAGAGGUUUGUAAGGCUGAGUGUGAACAGUCAGUGCUGGAUUCACUGAUAUGAGGUGUCAGAAAUUAUAAACCUCAUCAAUGUCCAUGAAAACAGUCACUGUCACUGUUUAAACAGUACAUUCUCAGGAGCUGAUGAAGGAACAGCUCUUUUUUCGGCUUGUCAUUAAACCUCAUUUUAUGUAAUUCACACAGAGCUGUUUCUUUUUAUUGAAUCAGUUUUGGUUACUUCUCCACUGGGUUGUAGAAGAAGAGGAACUUCUGCCACAACUUCACCUGUUCUGAGGUGCAUGCAGCAGAAAGAAAAAAAACACACCAGUAUGCACAUGAUUGUUUUUUUUUUUUUGUUUUUUUUUGCUUCAUAUGCAAAUUGUCUGAUGUGCUAAAAGAAACCAGCAGAGGUUGCUUUGUUCACUGUUGCUGGAGGUUUGGCCUCUUGCUUUUUCUUUUGUUGCCAUGCUUUUGUGGUUUGCAGACAAUAAAAUAUACCACCUGUAAUUUUUCAUUUUAGGCCACUGUGAGUUUGCCAGUUGUGUUUGCAGUGAACAACUGAGCAUGUCUGAGCAUGUGUAUAAAAGCAGAGGUUUGGGCACUUUGCAGGUCUGGAGCAUUCAGGUGUGUUAGCACAAUGUCACAAUCUUCCCAGGAGUUGACAUCCCAGCAAUCCACCCCAAAGUCAGACUGUACAAUGCUCAGAGAAACUAAAAAAACAAACAAAGAGCUAUAUCUCAGACCCUACAGACUUGCAUCCAAACAAACAAGUUUUCUGGAACAAUGUCCUUUGGACAGAUAAUACCAAAGUGGAGAUGUCCAGUCAUAAUGCAGAGCACCACAUUUGGUCACAUCCACUAAACACAGCAAAUCAGCUGUGAAGCAUGGCGGUGAAGGUGUGGUGCCACAGGACCUGGGCACCUUGCAGUCAUUUAGUCGACCAUGAACCCCUCUGUAUACCAAAGUAUUCUAGAUUAAAUCAUGAGUCCAUCUGUCCAUCAGCUAAAGCUUGGCUGAAACUGGGUCAUGCAACAGGACAAUGAUCCCAAGCACAACAGCAAAUCUACAACAGAAUGACUGAAAAAGGAUCAAGGUGAUGCAAAGGCCCAGUCAUAGUCCAGACCUCAACCUGAUUGAAAUGCUGUGGCGGGACCUUAAAAAAGCUGUGUAUAAAAGAAUGUCUGCAAACCUCAAUGAGCUGAAGUAAAGACAAGUGGGCCAAUAUUCCUCCAUGUUACAAAAGACUGACGAGUCAUACAGAAACUUGAAGUUACUGCUACUAAAGGUGGUUCUACAAGCCACCGAAUCAUGGGGUGUACUUCGUGUUUCACAAGUAAAACAUUUUUUGUAUAUGACCAAAAAAAGGGAAAGCAUAAUUGAUCUACUUUAAAUUACACACAAAAAAUUAUAUUUUAAAAGUUUGUACUUAAACUGGUAAACUGGCAAAUUUAAAUAUUCAUCCCUGGUUAUGCUGGAACUUAAAAAAAAAAAAAAAAGG